CAGACCGCCCAAAUAGAAAACACAUGCUAUUUCCCCUUCGCCUGACCAAUUUGGCAUUCAGAGCACAAGUUCACAGGAGAGGGGCUGGGCCUCUCCAGGCAGGAACUGGAGUCAGAGACUUCCCUGCUACUUGCUGGGAGAGAAGAACAUUAGGAAUGUCUUUCAGUGUCUCGGUUCCCGAAGUGUCUCAUAGCAGCCAGGCAUUUUGGGGGCAAUCCAACCAGAGCUCCCCCUCGCCCUUGCAGAAGUCCUGAUGCAGGCCAAGUACAGCAGCACAAGGAGCAUGCUGGAUGCUGAUGAGGACACCACCAUGAGCCUGUAUUCUCGAGCCUCUACUAUAGCCCAGCGGCCAGAGCCUGGGCACACAGAGCACCAGCCUCCCUCUUUAGCUUGGCGUCCAGUGGCCCUGACCCUGCUGACUUUGUGCCUGGUGCUGCUGAUUGGCCUGGCAGCGCUGGGGCUUGUGUUUUUUCAGUACUACCAGCUCUCCAAUAGUCAGCAAGACAGUAUUUCUGAAAAGGAAGAAAGAUUGGGAAAUCUCUCCCGACAGCUGCAAUCUCUCGAAGCUCAGAACAAGAAGCUUGUCGAAACCCUGCAGCGUGUGGCUGAAAAACUCUGCCGUGAGCUCUAUAACAAAACUGGAGAGCACAGAUGUAGCCCUUGCCCAGAAAAAUGGAAGUGGCAUGGGGACAAAUGCUACCAGUUCUAUAAAGAGAGCAGGAGUUGGCAAGGCUGUGAACAUUUCUGCAUUGCUGAGCACUCAACCAUGUUGAAGAUAAACACACAAGAAGUGCUGGAGUUUGCCAUGCCUCAGAGCUACACUGAGUUUUUCUACUCAUACUGGACAGGGCUAUCCCGCAAUGGCAGUGGCAAGGCCUGGCUGUGGUUGGAUGGAGCCCCUUAUGCCUCUGAACUAUUUGAAAUAAUUAUAGAUGUCACCAGCCUAAGAAACAGGGACUGUGUGACCAUCCUCAAUGGAAAGGCUUUCUCAAAGGACUGCAAAGAGUUGAGGCGGUGUGCGUGUGAGAAAACAGCAGCCACAGUCAAGAUAGACAGACUCCACUAGCUCCUUUGAACUGUUACAUGGAGGUAAUUGACUCUCCAGCCACAACUCCGACUUCAAGCUCCCUUCAGAGAAGCUGAAGAUCAGAACAAAAGUUGCACUUGUAAUAGUUUGAUUUCAGUUCCUAUUUUCUUAAUUUGAUCCAUGUUUAUACAACAAUUGAACAAAAAGAUUGAGCCAAGUAAUGUCAAUGCAAGGGAUACUGAGACAUUGGGAAGUAGAAAACACAAAAGCAAAAAAAAGAAAAAGAAAAAGAAAAACCAGGAAAGGCAAUCCCUCUGGCUGGCACAAGAAGGAUUUUCAUAUUUCCUGCUCAGGAUCACCAGCACUUCUGAACUUGACUUCAUGCACAUAUUUAUUAGUCGCAGAGAAGUCUUAUUUAUGUAUCACCAAGUGUCCCCAGAAACCCAUAUAGUUGUAAUCCAUCUUCUUGACUUUGAGAUAACUUUCUAGUGUUCUUCCCUCUCAGCAUCUCAUAUCAUCUCCCUGUUUUCAUGUCCACCUUAAAAUUUGGAGAAGUGAGAAACUUAAAGCAAAGAAAUAAGUGUAUGUAACACUCUUUGCUCCAACAGUCAAAUAGUCCAUGAGAAAUUACCAAUCAGUCCUUAUACUGUGCUACCAAAUACACAACUUAUUCUUUUUGUUUUCUUUAGUUCAUAUAUGUGUUUUUUUCCUUCUCAAUCUUUGAAUAAAGGUCCCAUCUGCCAUGUCUAUGGCCUGCUUCCCACUGGACUAAUUCUCUUUAUUAGUAUCUUAACUUCUUAAAGACAUACCUCCCACUGUCCAUUUAAGAUUCAAUGAUUGUCUCCUUUCUUUAGGUGUUUCUUCUAGGAAAGAAAUAUUCUCAGCUCAAUUCCAUAUCAGAAUUACUGUUCCUGAUGCUGCAUUUAGAGAGAAUGAACACUAGAAAAAGUCAGUCUGUGUAUGUGCAUCUGGAAUAGUUUGGGUUCAGUUCCUAUUUUCUUCCAUUCAAUCCAUGUUUAUACCUUGCAGGUACUAAAUAUUUAAUAAUAAUAAAUGUAAAUAAUGUGAACUGUAUGUGAUUUUAGAAUGGACUUGUGAUUUGGGGAAAAAUUCAGUGUGGAAAUGCUCUUCAAAAUAUGACAGCAGUUAAUAUUUUGGUGGUUUGUCCCUUACUGAGAGGUUGUAGGGACUCUAGAAAGAGUACUGAUUAUUUGAUUACUUUAAGAAAAUAAGAAGUCUUUGAGAUGCAUUUUUUUCCUUAAGAGGAUGGUUUUAAUAGUUUCCUAAAAUGAAAUCCUUUGACUCUUUAUGUCAUCAAUACAUGGCUAAAGAUGAGUAAAUUCAAAUUGCAAUAGGGCAUGUUACCCACUCAGGUCACGAAAGGGAGUGACUGACGUUUGUAUACAUAGCUGGUAUCUUGUGUAGCUGUCCCUUUCUCAGGAUGACAAUGUGCACAACUGUAACAGGGGUCGUUGCCAAUAACGCCAUCACAAACACUGGCUUUGUGAGUUUAUAGAUAAAUCAAUUUGAGGGGGUUAACAGUAGGAAGGAUAAUUUAUUAUAAAUCUUUAUUUUCAACAGUGAGAACUUGGGUUCUUAUAUUUAUUUUCAGUAAGCAUCUAUCUCAUGUGACAUGACAUUAAGUUAGCAAACAAAUGAUAAAGAGAACACUUUUGUAUUUAUUUUCAUAAGACUGUGUGACUUAUCAAUCACUAGUUGUAUAUUUUUUCCUUAAGACGUUUUUGUUGAUUAGCUAGGAAAUUUUUUCAAUGUUGAGCAAAUUUUGUGUUGAUUUAUUGUGUUAUGCAAAGAGAACUUCAUUGUGAUCACAAAUUGAGAGUUUUAGACCCUUUAUUUUCAUGUAUUAUUGCAAAAAAAUAACUUCACUUCCAGAAGCUUAUUCCAUUAAGUAUAAAGUGGAAAUAUUUAUAAUUUUCUCACAGUGUAACUGUUGGCUGAAGUGAGGUAUAUGUGAAAUUAGUUUCAUAGGCUAAAUAGUAAUACAAAAUUUAAAGAAUAUUAAAAUAUGUUUAAAAGGGGAGAGAGGAUUUAGUGAUUAUUUUUAAAAAUAGGGGAGCACAAAUGAGCAUAAACAACCUUCUUUGGAGACCUGUAUUCAUGAGCAAAUUGUAGAGAGAUACCAACAAUGAGGAGCUGCGGAUAUUAUAAAAUAUUUUCUAGGGUGGGUGCAGAUAUUUAAUGCACACAGUUAAUGUAAUAAGCACAUACCUAUAAAUGUGGAUUAAGCUUUUUGUCAAGCAAUUAAGUGUUAUUUAAGCACUGCUACUACAGAAAGAAAAUGUGGUUCAUAUGAGAAAGUCAAAUGACUUUGCGGACUAACUUGUAAAAUGAAGACAAUGCACACAAAUUUUGACCCUUGGCAUCCUACAUAACUAUCAUCUAGUUCAGGGUUGGAUGACAAAUGCCUCUUUAAACGACAUUGCUUUAAAGGUCUAGCUGCCUGGAGACUGGGUGUUGAAUAGUAUCCUUUCUUCAAAUCUGCCACCUAAGGGAAAAUGUUACUUUAGAUGGUGAGGAAGGAAAAAAAAUAGCAUUUAUUUAACAUUUUUGGCUAUUCUUGAGCUUCUUUCCCUCCAUCUUUGCCCUCAAUAAUCCCCUCAUCUGUAUAGCAGGACCCACUGAUAACAAUAUGAGCAAUUAUUUCAAAAGAACAGCGAAAGAAUAUGGCACAACCUUCUCUCCACAAAUGAAAAAAAAAUGAAUAGAAAAUAAUCAUAACAUGAAUUUGAAAAUAUGACUUGCUGAGAACAACUUUCCAUUGAGAAUCAGAGAAGGCAGCAUCCAUGAGUUAGUUUUUCAGGAAGAGAAAAACUUUUCUCUUCUGGGCUGUCAUGUGUUUAGGUUCCUCUGAAGAAAUUGCAGGAAAAGUCAAACGAGGAACAUGGCCUUUCUUGGUAGAUCUGAGUUCCCCAGGGUACACAAUGAGCUAUUUCUUUUCCUGAGGAUAUUGAACCAGUUCUUAAAACUUAUCAACAGGAAACAGGUCAUGAGCCCUGUAACAGCAGGAAGUAUGAGGAGUGCAGUGGGAGCUUUAACUUCGGGGAUAUAAACAGAUCAUGAAAUAAGUAGAAAAGUCUAAUAGGUUGCCUCAGGGUAGGCCUUCAUAUCUAGGAGUCAAAUACUUUGUAAAGGGAUUAUUGCCAUUUUUGAAGAAUACAAAAAGCAGCAUAAUGUGUUUAAAGAGUACAUAGCUUUUUAAGGAGGUUCACUGUAUGAACAGAUUUUUAGAAUCUAAUAAUACUAUUAUUCUAUAAAUCUCACUCUUCUAAUGUUCUUUUUACACACUUAAUGUACUUUAACCAGAGCACAUAACAAAGCGCCUUUAUGUUAUGUAGGACACAGUUGUAUGUUUCCUUUUCAUAUUUUUAAAGUUAACUUGGAACUCAAUGAGAUGAAUCAAGAUACCCAAUUGAUUCCCGGAGGGACUAGGAUAUAAAACUGUUUGUCCCAGUGCUAAGGCUCAGUCCCUCUUCCCACUGCCUUGAAAAGGCCUUGAUAUUCUGGGCCAAAAGCAACUUACAGGAAGAAAAUUUUCUACUCAUAAUAUCUGUGUGGAAAGCAAUAUUGCCACUGAUGGAAUUUGUAGGUGCUUAUGCCAGCUGCACUGGAGAUAAAAUUCUGACUUGUAAACACAGCAUCACAUAAUGGUGGGGUGACAUCAGCUGAAGGAUGUUUGCCUUUUGCUUCCUUGUACUUUUUCUAAAAAGAGUUAUUAAAUGCUUCCUAUCCUUUCUCUAAACAUAGCUCCAUGACAAUACUUUGGAGAGCCUUGAAGACAAACAGUCUUUACUGUUAAAAUUUGCCAUUGUUUCUCUUUCAUUCCAGGUUAUUAUAUUCAGCUGCCAGCUGCCAGCUGCCAGCUGUGAAAACCAAACACAGGAGACAACUUAUGCUGUUUUGCUCUUCUCCUUUUCUACUUUCCUCAGAAAACUAGAGAAAAAUCCCCUUUUAUCGAAAUCCCUGUUAUUGCAAUCCCCACCAUUUUAACUCCAGGUCAAGAGGAAACGAACAGACAAAAAUACCUCACAAAAUCCUUCAGAGGUCACUUACUAUGAUAGACUUCUAGAUUCAUUUAAGUGAUUUUUCACUGUUUUUCUAAAUUAGGUUUUAUUUUACUUUAUUUAAUUAAGUGGUGUCUUUAGUAUAAAGAAAGAUGAGACUCUAGUGUAGCUCAGCUAAUCUUUGAGAAAACUGAAAGGUUAAAUAAGAUUAUAUUGAAUUUAGCAAAUAUUUGAUGAGAACCUACAGUGUAGUAAGUUCUUCUAGGGAUGGUAAGUGUAUAGAAGAGUAAUGUAAUAAUAAUUAGUGAAUUUUUGCUUCCUAUAGAUCACAAGAUACUUUUAUAUCCAUUGUCUCUUGGGAACGAGCUAAUCCACAUUCAAGGAGCCUGAAAACCUAGGACACAGGUUGUCUAUAAAUUUAUUUGAGGAGAUUCAUUCACUUUAAAACAGAUAUUGUAUCUAGAUAGUUGCUGACAUUUUACAUAUAAACUUUAUCUUCUUAUUAUUCCCAUAACAUGAGCAGGAAAAGGGGUCAUUUUUGUCUGUAAUACACAUAUAAGGUUGAUGCCUAAUGAUUGGUGAUUUAUCCCAGAGAAGAAUAGCAAACACUGAUACACUAUAAUACUCUAUGCAAGGUAUAUUCUCAGCAAUUUACACAUAUUAAGGAUUUAAGCCUCAAAGAUAUUUUGAAAUCAGACCUGUUAUUAUUUUACAAUGAAAAAAUUGAGGCACAGAUAGAUGCAGUUAGAAGUGCUGAAGCACUAACCUUGAGAGUCCAGGUUGUGAGUCAUUUGAUUUGGGAGUGGUGGGGAUGGUCGUAAGAGUGGGGAAGGAAGCUUAUAGCUGUCCUCCCUGGAGACAUGUCGGUAUUAGCAGCCAGACUAUUCCUUCCACUUAUGUGGAGUUAUGGUGUUUCAUCUCUCUGGUAGAAUUAUGCAGUACUGAAAAGGUUACUGUCUUACAGACAGCAGAAAGCAGCCUGUUUUCCUUCCAAUUUGAAAAUCCAUAUCUUCGUCCUCCCAUCCCACUAGUCUGAUGGCAUAAUGCCCGGGAGCCUGCAAAUGUGUAGAAAAAUCUGGCAGACAGUGAGUUUAAGGCCUUAUUUAUUUAAGAAAAUAUCAACUGCAUCAUCUCCCCAGUGAUUUAUAGAUUUCUGUGUGGAGUUUUUAUAGUCUCUCUAGACUUAAAAAAAACAUAGUGAAAAAUUAAAAAUGACAUAUGGGAAUGAUUUUUCUUCCAUUUGUUCUCAACCUACAGGAUUUUGUCCUCUAUAACUCUUGAGUCAAUUUUAUUCUUGGCAAUUUGAACAAUGCCAAAUUAACAUGAACAUCUGGCAAAUAUUGAAGAACAUUACCCAGUGUAAAUGCAAACAUAAGGUUUGAAUCCCAAGUUGCGAGUUCUCUCACACACACCUUGGGUUAUUUCUGCAUUUGCUGUUUGGCAUUUUGUGGCAGGUUUUCCAACAACCUGUUCCAAACACUAUUACAAUAGGUCACUUUGAGCACAAUUUCUUACAGGUAGAGAAUCUUAACACAUACUUCUCACAGAUAAAGUACUUCCAACUGGUGCAGUUAGAGAAAAAAAGAAACUUGUCUUUGAGAUAUCCACAGCACUGGUGAGUUGAUUUGGGUCUCUGUGUUGGCAACCUGGAGAGGCAAGUCAGUAUAUCUGAGGUUAAGUAUGGGGCUUAUGGUGACGUCCUUGUGGGUAACUAAUGAGGGGCACAUAGCUUUGUGUUUGUUUUAUUUUGUUUUAAUAUGGUACCCUCCUGUAGUAGUUUUGUACUCCUUCUUCAAAUAACAGCUGUUUUCUCUCAAUAAAAAUGUUGUCGAAAACUA